CUGCCCAGGGGUAGACAUUCUGUAUUCUGUCUGGGACUUGUGUGACAUAAAGGGGAAUGCCCUGGAGAGAGAAGAUGUCCAGGCCAGUCUGAUAAAGAUUGGACUCCCGGAGGGACGGCCGUUUUGUGCUGUGGCCGCUGGUACCAGGAAUCCAGUCAUGGCUGAGGAGCCACAGGGGGCGGGAAGACCUGAUGAGUCUCCAGAAACUGCUGCAUCAAACGACCUCUCCCAAAAGCUUAAAGAAGGAGGUCUCAAUCCAAAGAAAUGGAUGAAGGUCUUCAGCAGCAUUGGAGUGAAAAGUGCUCACAGCUUGCAGUGCAUGGGAGCCAAGGAUUACACGAUUAUUAAAAAACAUGCAGAAUGGCCUUGGGAAGAGCAAGCGCUCAGAAACCUGAUCAAUGUACCAGAUCCCCAGGAUUCCCUGAAUAAAACAAAGGAAGAACAAACCAAACAAAAAUCAGAAAACCAAGCAAAAGCCAAUAAAGGUUUGGAAGAAACGAAAAAAGUGGUGAUGGAGACCAAAAUCCGCCUUGAUAAGAAAGAAGAGUCCCAAGCAGAAACCCUACAGAAAUCCAAGAGUCUGUGCGUUGGAUCAUCCAAUCCUGUGGAGCCUCUGGAGGGACAGAUUGAAAAAUUGCACGGGGCGCUGAGUGUGAAGGACAAGGCACAUUCCAGUAUUGCUAACUUAUCAGAUGAAGACAUUCUGCUUAAUGCAUCAGGAGGUCUUGCCUUGGAAGGAAUAUACUUGACGAAGAAUCAAGAAGAUAUUCUAGAGAAACGUGAGCAGCUUCUUGCUGUACCAAAGGGCAUCUCACUCACCAACUCUCGGCAGAGCCCUGUGCUUGACCACAAAGAAUUCUCAUCUUCUGUAGCAGAGUCAGUAUUUCAUAAGUCGAUGGAGAAGUUGGGUUUUAGCAUUGCCACUGCAGCUAAAGUUGGUUUUGGAGGUUUUCAGGCUGAUGGCAGUUUUGGCUACAGCACCACCAGCAUCUCAAAACAAAAGCAAGAGUCCCAUACUGAGCGCACCUAUAUUUCUACUACCAAGUAUAAUUACAUUCCACUUGCCUCCUGCUACAUUACAAAAGAACAGCUCUAUCUUUCCUCCGCAGCUCUUAAUGAGCUGAAGACCAUUGAGGUCCUGGAAGAACACUGUAAUAUGGCAGAAAAGCCCAACUUUUUACGGGAGCGAUAUGAAAAUUUCUUCCAUCGAUUUGGCUCACAUGCCAAUCAAGGACCACUUCAAUUUGGUGGUAUAUUCUGGUGGACAGUUACUUCCCAGGGAUUUAAACAAGAGUUAAUCGAGGAAAUUAAAAAUGAGAACAAAAAAGCAUUGAGUGCUGCCGUGAAUUUAAGUUACUCUGGUCUUUGGUCUGCCUCAGGUAGUAUAGAUGUUGCAAAAACAGAGGCAAAAGAAUCGUCUAAUAAAGUAGAGAAGAUAAUAUUUGAGAAAGAUAUUCAACUCUUUGUGACAAAAACUGGAGGGCCGUUGACUGUGGAUUCCCUCACAGAAUGGCAAUUAGGACUUAAUGCCAGCAAUAAGACCUGGAGUGUUAUUGAUCGAGGCUCUUCCCUUACUCCUGUGUGGGAAAUAAUACUGUUUGGCCACAAGGAGAAUUUUAAAAAUGUUUACCAGGUAGCACAAAAUCUAAAAGAUAUUUACGGGGCCAUCACUAGUCAACAACUUAGCUUGACAAUUGGCGAAAAUGUCUCAACUGCCAUUUAUGAAGCAAAUGUAUUUCUUUCUGGAUUAAAAUCUUGGGAGGCAGCCUCUGCACAAGAAAAACUAAACAGAUUAAUUGAGUUUAGACAAUAUCUGAAUGAAAAGACUGGAAACUUCAAUGUUUGGUUAAAUGUUUGUCUUCCUCAUAAGGAACUACAAGGUUUCUUAGAAAACGUUAUGGAAUUUUACAAACAAACCUCCAAAUCAGAUGAAUCUCUCAUUUGUGGCCAAUUAAAACUUCUUCUUCAAGAUUUCACAUACUCAAGUGAAAAUAUAGAUUCAUAUUUCCCUAUAUAUAAGUGGAUAUAUCCAUCUAAGAAAGAGCAGGAAACUAAUAUCUCUAAUUUUUCAUCCUUCAUUAAUUUUCUGUCCCAGGCACAACGUGAUCUUCUGCAGCUUUGUCCAUCUGUUGACUCUGAGGAAGAAGCUCUAAAAGCACAAGUCAAAUUCACUGUCAUCAUUCAUUCUUAUGUUAAUUCUUUUUUGAAAACUUUGAGAUACAUGGAACAAACAGAGGAAGAACUUCUGGUGCUUUGUGCUGCAAGCAGUGUGGGUUACUCUGUGCAGGACAACUAUUUCCGCUAUUGUCUCGGUUGGGAAGAGGUCAACUUCAUGGUGGAAGAAAUUAAAUCUUUAUUUAAGGAGUAUAAGAAUCUCAGAGAUCUUCAAGUGUAUAAAGCCCAAUCUUUUAUAUUCGCAGCAGGAUUGUCAUCAGGUGACAAGAAGAGGCCACAGUCCACUGAACAGAAAAAGGAACUUCUACAGCUCAUGUUAGAGAAGAUGAAAAGUUCUCUUGAAGUGGAGAUUCAGCAUAUUUUAAAAAAUUACAGUGGAUUUAGUGAUUUACAGUCUUUACUUGAGGAUUUAAACGGUUUAAUAUCGGGAAAUUAUAAAACCAACAUCAAAGUCAAUUCAGAAAACUUGGCAAAAGAAAUAAAAAAUGUGUGUGAACGAACCAACCAACCACCAACAACCGAGCCUCAAGCCCGGGUGCCCAUCGCUAGAGAAAGUGAUACGAGUUUGAACCAAGAUGUCAUCAACCUGAUGGUGAGACUAGGAUUAGAUCAGUACUUCCCUAAAGGUUUGAACAGGAGACACUUUCAUGUGGUCCACACGUCCUUACUGAAUCAAACAGAAAAAGAGAGUGAUCUCCCUCUGCAGUUUAUGCAAAUGCUGAUGAGAUUAGACUAUCGUUUCAGAUACUUAGUUUGCAAGGACAAUAGUAAAAACAGCCUCUCUGGAGAUCUAUGUAAACCAGAGAAUGAAACCAGCACCUUUGAAACAUUAGAGGAUCUGCUCAAUUAUUGCUCUGAAACAGAGAGUAACACAGUUCCAACAUCGAAGGAGACUAUUCACCCUGUGGAUCUCUUGAUGGCCAUCUAUCACUGUUCAGAUGAUUUCAUGAGACAAUACACUUUUACUAAGCUGUCCACGUGCCAGUUUGCACUGCCGUUUAUAGUACCAAGGCCUUAUGACACAGUAAUAGAACUACCACUGUGGGCAUUUAGACAGGUCCAAAAAAGUAUUUUAGACACUGAAACAAAAAAACAUGAAGAAAAGCUCAUCAGUCAAACUGAUGUUCCAAUGGUCUGCUUCACCAGAUUGGGAACAUCUCCAUUCUCAAAAUCACAAAUUCUGAACAACUUGUUGACUAAGCACAGACAUGACAUCUUCUUCCAUAGGAACUGUGAAGGAAGCAUAAAGACUCGUAUAUUGAUGGAUGGUAUGGCCGAAAUCUUCUGGUUUUGCCCUGGUGGAAAGGAUACUGACCAAUUUGAAAAGUGUACCGCUUUUGUCAACCUUCGGGGGGACGUCCGGGAACAUAAGAGGCAAGCUGCCUUCUUACAAAACAUUUCUUCAGUUAACGUAAUGCUCUUCUCUCAGUCAGAAAUGAAUGACUUUAAAAAUGUGAUGUCCACAAAUCAAUUAAAAGAAAAACCAUUAAUAAUACUUCUGGCAGACAAAGAAAUACCUGUACAUGUACACAAGGAAAGCAAGCAGGUGAUAAUUGGUCUCAAAAAUCAGAAUGAAGCAAAAGUUUUGGAGGAACUAACCAAAUCUCUCAGACGCCUGUUGGCCUCCUCUGCCAAGUCAUGCAGUCUUGAAGCCUGUGCCAUAACAGGACGACAAUGUGAGUUCCUGGUGGAUGAAGAUAGUGAGGAAUGUGUAGAAGGCAAGCAUCAUGCUCAGACAAUGUUGUCCCUUUUAAAACAAAAUGAUCUAAUGAAAUCCAAGGAGGAGCUCUUGCCCCUUUCAGGACACCUUUGGCACUCAUGGUGCAAAAUAGACAAAGAGCUGACACGUCUUCAGAACAAGAUGAAUCAAAGCAUUGAGCAACACUGUAGUAAGAUCGAGGCAGAGAAAACGUUAAUAAGGGAGACACAGUUAGAAAAGGCAAGCCAAAAUCAGUUCAUAAAGAAUUUCAUCAUUAAGCUGAAAUCCCUUUCCAAGACUUCAAAACUGUUCUUUUUACAGUGGUUUAAAAUAUUAAUCGAUAACCUAUCCUGUGACCGUGUGUUGAAGCUACGAGAGGAGUACAAUAGUUUAUGGACCCAACUUCAAUCAGAGCAACUGGAAGACAAGGAACUAGCGAAAACUUUACCAGAUAAACUUGAGAACCUCUCAGUACAGAUGAAUGCUUAUAUGUUUGGUCUCGAGCAUGUACUGAGAGAAGUUGGACAAAUGUAUGAAGCUUUGUAUGAUUUGCAUCAUACAGAUGAAUGUUUUUAUGAGCUUCCAAAAAUUGCAGCUGAUAUGAUGCUUUCUGGGUACCCUAUUGAACUUAUGGAUGGGGAUGCUUGCUAUGUACCCUUAAAAUGGAUAAAAGCUGUGUUACAAGAAUUAAUUAAGAUUAUAGGAGACAAAAAGUUAUUUGUCCUUUCUGUACUCGGAGUCCAAAGUUCAGGAAAAUCAACUCUACUCAACACAAUGUUUGGCUUGCAGUUUGCCGUAAGUGCCGGGAGAUGUACCCGAGGAGCCUUCAUGCAACUUAUUGAACUUUUUGAUGACUUAAAAAUUGAACUUGGUUUUGACUACAUUCUGGUUGUUGAUACUGAAGGUUUGAGAGCAAUGGAGCUUUCAAGUCAAUCAACACUAAAUCAUGAUAAUGAAUUGGCAACUUUUGCCAUUGGGGUAGGCAACAUGACUUUGAUCAAUGUCUAUGGAGAAAACCCUGCUGAGAUUAAAGACAUUCUCCAAAUUGCUGUUCAGGCAUUUCUAAGGAUGAAGCAAGUGAAGCUGUCCUCCAGUUGCCUCUUUGUUCACCAAAAUGUAGGGGAUUUAACUGCUCUUGAUAAAAAUAUGGAAGGACGUAGAAAACUCCAGAAAGAACUGGAUAAAAUGACAGCUCUGGCAGCUGAACAUGAGCUAUGUAAUGUUCAGUGUUUCAGUGAAGUCAUCAGAUUUGAUCCAAAACAUCACAUUAAAUAUUUUGCUCAUUUGUGGGAGGGAAACCCACCCAUGGCCCCACCUAAUCCGCACUAUAGUGAGGAUACCCAGAAGGUGAAAGAUUCUAUACUUCAUCCUAGGAGAGGAGACCCUCACAGCAUUCUCACCAUUUCCAGAUUUAUAAUUCGUAUAGAGGACCUCUGGUCAGCAUUGCGAAAUGAGAACUUUGUUUUUAGUUUUAAAAACACCUUGGAAAUUUCUGUAUAUAGCAAAGUUGAAAACAAAUAUCGGCAGCUGACUUGGGAGCUGAGGCGCCACUUCCUUGAGCUCCAGGCCAAACUCAACAACAGAAUCAAGAAAGGUGACGUUACCUCUGUUAGCCAGAAGGACAUUGAGAUGGAGGUGAAAGAAAAGUUUGAAGCUGUCAAGGAGGACUUUGAAAGUUUUUUCAAUGAAGACAAAGACAAAGAGAUACUAAUUCAAUGGAAAGCCAACACUGAAAAUAGGUUAAACAGUCUGCAGAAUGAGCUUAUAGAAGAAACGAAAAGGCAAGGAACAGAACACAUAAGACUACUAAUGAGUCAGAACCAAGUGAAGCGGAGACAAACUGGAUAUGAAGUAGAAUUGUUUGGAAAAAGCAAACAGUUAGCACUUGACAUUAAAAAAGAGGGGUUACAGGAAUCUGAGCUGAGGGAUCAUUUCAAUCUCCUGUGGCAAGAGUGGGUUGCAGAGAUAACUAGGAAUGCACCACAUGCAGACGAACCAAACAUUAUCGCAGAUGCUGAGAACAUACUGUUAGACUAUUUCAAUUAUGAGCCUAGUAUGACUAACAAACUCACCAAUAGAAAUAAGUGGAUGCUAUUCUGUGUUGACUUAUCAAAGCAUGCUGCCGUACAUAAAGGUUUUUUUAGGUCCUAUCAUCUGAAUGAAUCUGAUAGGAUGCAUAUUCAAAAAGUUUUCAAUGACCUGGUCACGGAUAUAAGGGGUUACCUUGGGAAAAAGCAAAGAGAAAGGGGAGAUUAUAACCAAGCAUACUUUCAUUCAAUAAUCUAUGAUGUGACUGAUGACAUAAAUAAAAAAAAUUCUUCUAAGAUGUUCAAAAAGUUCACUUUGACCACGUUGUUCAAGUUCGAUGUAUCACUGUACCUCUUCGGCAUGGCAGUACCGAUCUUUCAAUCCAUGCAUAAGGCCUUCCGGAAUGCAAAUGAUCCUGUGCUAAAUCUUGAGAGCAAACGGGGAGAGUUUUAUAAUUGCUUCACAAUUGCUUGUCAGGGGGCCGCCUCGAUCAAAACAUUUGCUGACCUUCUAUGUUCAAAGCUGCUUGAAGCAAUACAUCCGGCAUUGUAUUCCAGAACAGCCCUGGCAAUUGUGGACGAGAUGACUUGCAAUUACCCAGCCUUCAGUGGUAAUCGUUCCAAGCUUGAAGCCUACAUUUUGAUUGACCUGGCCGAACAGGAAGACUUUGAACAAUACAGACAGUACCUUCAUUUCCCAGAAAAGUACUUCAGAACCUUUAUUGAGAAAUGUGUUGAGAAUUACUGCUUUGAUAAAGGCUCUCAUAAGCUGAAGGACUUCUUACAUAUUAGUCUAGAUCGUUUUCAGCAAAUGGUACUUUUAAGUAUAAGGGAAUCUACAAGAUUGUUAAAAAAUAAGAGCAGCAAUGUGUCCGAGUGGCUUGAUGACUUCUACAACAGAAUUGAAGAUCUUGUGACAUUUUCAAGAGCUGACCUGAAGGGCAUUGAGCAUCAGGAAAUUCAAGAUAUUGAGUUUAUUCAGGAAGCUAUGUGUACAGCUUGGGAUAGUGCCGUAGAAACUUUCAAAAAGAAUUUAGAAACAACCAAUGUUGACUGUUUUGAGAAGAAGCCUCAUGAAAUAUUGGCCAAACAGCUGUGCGGCUGCUGGGAGCAGUGUCCCUUCUGUGGGGCCAUUUGCACCAACACCAUACCUUGCCAUGACGGUGAUCACUCUGUUCCUUUCCACCGUCCUCAAGCUAUAACUGGUAUUCCAUGGCUACAUUCCGAUGAAUUUGUUCUUGACAUAUGUUCUAACCUUGUUAGCUCUAUGGAUUGCCUGGUUCUAGACAACAACACUCAAAUCCUUUAUAAACAUUACAGAAAAAUUGGACCAAAUUAUGCCAACUGGAGCAUCACGCCAGACUCAUCCUUUCAGCCCUACUGGAAGUGGUACGUGAGCCACUUUCGAAGAAACUUGGAAAAUGACUAUAUGUUAAAGUUUGAAAAAAGAGGAGAAAUUCCAGCUGAGUGGGAAAAAAUCACUAAAAAGGAGGUGAUCGCUAAGCUGAAAGAACAAGUUUAAUUGUACUUCUAAAGGCAUAAAUGUAAAAUUAAAUGGGAAGGGUUUAUAUAGACCUGACUUUCUCACUGCCGUUAAAAACCUGACAUAGUGAAUUGUUUUGAAUGAUUUUUUAUAAACUAUUGCUGUGGUCCAAAAGCAACAUUACAUGAAUUUGAGGAUAGGGGCGUAAUGACUAGUUGAGGAUGGGGGCAUCGGUGAUUUCUUAUCAGUUACUGCAAUCACGUAAAAAAAAGAAAACCUCUAACCCUCAAGUACUCCUGCAGGUUUUCUGGCUAUGGAACCAGGUGGGAUAAUUACUGACCCAAAACAAAUGAACUCCCCUGUGCACAAUUAAAGAAAUCCACAAUUUAUUACCUGUUGGGGACACUUGAUGACUAGAAUCGAGAACCCAACACUAUUGGGCACAUACUAAAUGGUAUACAUAUCCGUUAUUAUCUGAAAUUCCUCUUAAUUCCUUCAGGAAGAUAUGGGAACCAUUGACCUCACUUUAUCAUAUUCAAAUACCCUUUUGCUGAAUCAGAAUCAUCAGAAUCCACCCCCCCCCCCCACGCCAAAUAUGGUAUUUUAUCUCAUUUACCUGUCCCCUCCUCCCAUCCUCUUGCAUAUUCCACACAGCUAACACCUAUAUACUAGAUCUUCCCCUCCCUUUCCUCCGCUGUUGUAAAAGUACUUCAGUAUCUUUUUGUCGAUGUUUGGUAUUUUCUUCCCUAUUCAUUAUUCAUUCCGCUACUAUGUUUAUAUUGUCUGUGCCCAUUUUCUAUUUUUUGUUACUUAUCAUCCUUAGUCUUAAAAAAAAAAAAAAUUAAGUAAAAAAAAAAAAA